AUGACAUGCAAUGCGAAUUGGCCCGAGAUAAAACGGGAACUUGCUGUUGGAGAAGAGGCACAGAACAAACCAGAUAUAGAUGCAAGAGUUUUUAGAGCAAAAGCGAUUGCUUUGAAACAUUUGAUUAAGAAGAAAAAAGUGUUUGGAGUAGUAGCUGCAAUGAUUUAUGCUUACAUCAAGAAUGUUGUGAGGCUACAUGGAGUUCCUAAGGAUAUCGUUUCUGAUAAAGAUUCUAGGUUUCUUUCGAAAUUCUCGAAAAGUGUUCAGCAGAACUUUGGUACGACAUUGAAGAUGAGUACAACAUUUCACCCUGCAACAGAUGGACAAUAUGAAAGGACUAUCCAAACCUUGGAAGAUAUGUUAAGAUCAUGUGUGUUAGAUUACCAAAAUGGAUGGGAAGAUAGCUUAGACUUGGUAGAAUUCUCUUACAAUAAUAGUUACCAUGCAAGCAUUGGCAUGGCACCAUUUGAGGCCUUGUAUGGAAGGAAGUGUAGGAGUCCACUAUGUUGGAGUGACAUUAGUGAGACAAUAAUUCUAGGUCCUCAAUUGAUAGAAGAAACAACGAAGCAACAACGUACACGAUGUGUUUCACGUCUCUCAAUUGGGAAGGUACAUCCCAGACAAGCUAAGUCGCAUAUCCUACAACCUGAAACCAUAGAAAUAGACCAAAGCCUAACCUAUGAGGAAAGACCUAUAAGGAUUCUUGAUAGUAAAGUGCGUAGUACACGCAAGAAAGAUGUCAAGAUAGUAAAGGUUUUGUGGUCAAAUCAAGAAACUGAGGAAGCAACAUGGGAAGCUGAGGAUGAAAUGAAAAAGAAGUACCCAGAAUUGUUUGAGGUUAGUUGA